AGAUCAGAUAGAAUUGAAUAGACUUAAAUAUACCGUGUAGUUACUUUUAUUGGAUUCUAGUACCAGUUAAUACAACCUGUGAGCCAAAAUGCCUUUGGCUCCUUUCGGAAAUGCUCCGUUUGUUAAUUCAGCGAAUACUCAGCCUCUCACAGAAGAGCAAGAGGAUGAAAUGGCUGUAGACACGGUGGAGAUUAAGGAUGAACAGAUGCACGAGAUAGAAAUCAAAGAAAAUACGAUCAAGGGUUGUCAGAAAGCUGAUCCGAGUCAGUUUGAACUUCUUAAGGUUCUGGGACAAGGCUCGUUUGGGAAAGUUUUUCUUGUGCGAAAAAUUGUUGGUAAUGACCGUCACCAGUUAUAUGCCAUGAAAGUUUUAAAGAAAGCAAAACUGAAGGUCAGAGACAGAGUUCGAACUAAAAUGGAACGAAAUAUAUUGGUUGAUGUAAACCAUCCUUUUAUUGUCAAGGUUUACUAUGCGUUUCAAACGGAUGGUAACCUUUACAUGGUGCUUGCCUAUCUUCGAGGAGGUGACCUGUUCACUCGUCUAUCUAAGGAGUUGAUGUUCACUGAGGAUGACGUGAAGAUUUAUCUCGCUGAGCUUGCUCUUGCUCUCGAUCAUCUUCAUUCACUUGGGAUUAUUUACCGGGACUUGAAACCAGAAAACAUCUUACUUGACGUUGACGGCCAUAUCGCCCUCACUGAUUUCGGGUUGAGUAAGGAGUCCACAGAUGGCUCAGAGAAGGCGUAUUCAUUCUGUGGCACGGUGGAAUACAUGGCACCUGAGGUUGUCAAUCGUCGCGGUCAUGACCACUCCGCAGAUUGGUGGUCGUUUGGUGUCCUGAUGUAUGAGAUGCUGACUGGCCAACUCCCUUUUCAAGGCAGAGACAGGAAAGACACAAUGACUCAGAUUUUGAAGGCAAAGUUAGGUAUGCCACAGUUCUUGAGUCCUGAAGCACAAAGCUUGCUAAGAAUGCUGUUCAAACGAAACCCAGCCAACAGAUUGGGAAGUGGGUCAGAUGGAGUGGAAGAGAUCAAGAGACAUCCCUUCUUCAGCGGAAUCGAUUGGAACCGUCUCCUCCGUAAAGACAUUGAUCCUCCAUUUAAACCAUCUGCAUCAAGAGCGGAAGAUGCAACUUAUUUCGACUCCGAGUUCACCUCUAGAACACCAAGAGAUUCACCUGGAGUGCCUGCCAGUGCGGCAGCUCAACAAUUAUUCCGAGGAUUUUCGUUCGUGGCUCCCAUUAUUGAAGAGGACGCUGUUGGAACAGCUCAAGAAGAAGUCAAAAAAAAUCCAGCAAUUCCUCAAAGAGAUCUUUCGGGGACAGCUUUGCUAACUAACAGGUUAAACAAUUCACCCAAGAAGUUUUACGACGAAUAUGACGUGAGAGAAGAAAUUGGAAUUGGAUCUUACUCCGUGUGCAAGAGGUGUAUUCAUAAGGGGACUAAGAAAGAAUACGCUGUCAAGAUUAUUUUCAAGAAUAAGAGAGAUUGUGAAGAAGAAGUUCAGAUUCUACUUAGAUAUGGCCAACAUCCUAAUAUUAUUACUCUCAAGGAUGUAUUUGAUGAUGGGCAGCACGUGUUCUUGGUAACUGAGCUCAUGAAAGGGGGAGAAUUACUCGAUAAAAUAUUACGACAAAAGUUUUUCACUGAGAAGGAGGCCAGCGCUGUGCUUAAAACUGUGGCGAAAGUUGUGGUGUACCUGCACAAGAAUGGGGUUGUGCAUCGUGAUUUAAAACCAAGCAACAUUCUUUAUGCUGAUGAGACAGGCAACCCUGAAUCUCUACGUGUAUGCGACUUUGGAUUUGCCAAACAACUUAGACACGACAAUGGACUUCUUAUGACGCCAUGUUAUACGGCAAAUUUUGUGGCUCCAGAGGUGCUAAAGAAAAAGGGUUAUGAUGAGGCUUGUGAUAUCUGGAGUUUGGGUGUCUUGUUAUACACCAUGUUAGCUGGUUAUACACCAUUUGCUAAUGGCCCAGAUGACACACCAACUGAUAUUUUGAAACGCAUUGAAACUGGAAAGUUUAAUAUGUCGGGUGGAAACUGGAAAAGUGUCUCGGAAACUGCAAAGGAUCUGGUGCGUAGAAUGCUUCAUGUUGAUCCUAACCGUCGAUUGUCAGCUCCGCAAGUCCUCAUGCACUCAUUUAUCGCUCGACCAGACCAAUUGCCCGAGUUUCAUCUCAACCAAUCAAAGGAUUAUAAAUUUGUCAAGGGUGCCAUGUCUGCUAUGUUCAGUGCUGCACGUUCACAUAAACCACUGAACCUGAAUCCUGUUGGGACAUCACUGCUUGCACAGCGCCGUGGGGCCAAAAAAGUCACUUCCACAGCCCUUUAAGAUGGUACCCCAUUAGGGGAAUAAAGGGGUCUCGGAAAAAAUAUGGGGGCUAUGAUUACCCUUUAGAAACCCCCAAAUUAGGGGAAUUUUCCUACAGCUUAAUCAUUUAAAGGGUAAACCCCUAAAGUGAACCCCUGUGCCAUUUAACGCUCAAAUUGUCUGCCUUAUAUUAUUUCUAUGUGGAUCUCGCUGCAGCCCGUUACUAACCCAUAUAAAAAUUCGAUUCCCUGUGCCCUCUUUUCCACAGUAGAUAAACUGUACAGUGUGUCCAGGAAUUGAUAAGGGGAAGGUAUUACUAUAUUUUCAAAGCUUUUUUUACGUCAUUCGCGAAAACCAAAUUGGCGCAAUGAACUGUAAUUAUUUCAUGCCUUAUUUUUCACAAAAAGAUGGGCCCCAGAACCCCCCCCCCCCCUAAAUACAUUCCUGAUAUGCUGUACAUUGUUGUUCUAUUCCAGUGCGUUUUGUAUCCGUAGUGGCCUCUGAUAAUUGUUUUGUAUAGACUUCCUUGAAAAAUUGUAAUUACUUGACUAUUAGAAGUAUUACCCUUUGCCCUUGCCUAUGUAUGGCAAGACCCACGGUUUUUUAAACCGUUUCUGAUUUUGUGCGAAACUCCUAUUUUCUUGCUGUACAUUUCAACAAUCGUGACUUUUGACACGACUAAUUACUUUUUCAGUACAAAUCAUGGCGAAAAAAAUCAUUUUUUGUUCAUUUUCAGUUUCACACAAAUCAAUAUAUUUGUUAUUUGGUAAACCAUGUUUUUGUGCAAUUUGGGAUUUUCGGUCGUUGUAUGAGUCAAAAUUUCAAUGUAAUUGUGGCGCCCAUUAGUUGCAGCACUUUGUACCGUAUUUGCACGCCUGUUCAAGCACCAUGGAUAUCUUAUAAAACGCCAGAUAGCAUAUCUGAACAGCAUUGAAUUGUUAAUACCAUGUCAUUUUUAUAAUGGUUCAAAAAUUUCUGAAUUUUUUUUCUAAUUUGCCACUGGUCAUUGAUACCUUAAAACCUUCAAAACUUUUUCUUUAAACAAGUAAAAUCAAUGUUUAUUUAAAGAAGUUUUCAGAAUCUACCAACCUUAAAGUUAAACAACUGUUAGUACACUUUCUGUGCGAAUGGUACAUUAUCUCUCUUAAACAUUCGCUUAUAAGUGUAAAAGGACCAAAUUUUUUAUCGCCCUUUUCUCUUUUUUGUUCACAGUGCCCUAAUGUUAAAAUAGCGUUUUUUGUUCCAUUUUCAAGCCUGUUCAAUUGGGCCAGCAAUUCGGUCACGUAUAUUCCAUUUUGAGAUUAACAGGUAUUCUUAUAUGCAGCUAUGACUAAAUAAAUUUGGAAAAACUUGA